AUGUGGCAGUCAAUCCCAGUUAUUCUGGCCGUUUUGGUGGCUUCAUUCGGCCCAGUGGCCGCCAAAGACCCCCAAAAGAGCUGUACAAUCAAGAGUGGCGGGAGCAAUGCGACCGAUGAUGCCCCAGAAAUUCUAAAAGCAUUCAAAAAGUGCGGCCAAAAUGGAAGGGUUGUAUUCGAGCCUACAACAUACUAUGUCCACUCGGCUAUGAACGUUUCCUGGCUUGAAAAUGUCGAUAUUGACAUUCACGGUACUCUUCUGACGGAUUUGCUGAUGAGUUAUCUCUCUGGUCAGUGGAGCACUGAUAUCUCAUACUGGCUGAACAACUCAAUGGAGGUUGGAUAUCAAAAUCAAUCAACAGCCUUGAGACUAGGUGGUAAUAAUGUCCGAAUCAACGGAUAUGGGAAGGGCACGUUUGAUGGCAAUGGUGACUAUUGGUAUCAAUGGAUCAGACAGCAACCAAACACAUCCAACUACCCAGGCCGGCCGCACGCUGUGACCUUCAGUAACCUCAAAAACUCGGCGGUUCGUGGCCUCACAUUCCUGAGGAGUCAGAUGUGGACAAUGUCAAUCAUUGAAUCUUACAACGUGUUGCUGGACAGUAUUCUCGUCAAUAAUACCGGAAACUGGGCACAGAGCUUUGACAUCAUUCGCAAAGAACGCGAACGCUCACCUGCCGCAGCUAAUACCGAUGGGGCUGAUACCAUCCGAUCUUCACACAUCACAUUCAAUAACUGGACCGUCUACAAUGGCGAUGACAGCCUAUCCAUGAAGGCUAAUAGCACUGACAUAACCAUCACAAACAGCAAGUUCUACAAUGGAUUAGGUAUUGCCAUGGGAAGCAUUGGGCAAUAUAAAGACCAAUUCGAGACAAUUGAGAGGGUGACGGCCAAAAACAUUGAAUACUACAACACUUUACAUGCCUUCUAUAUUAAGAUCUGGACGGCCGACCAGAAUGGCUACCCACCGAACGGCGGUGGUGGAGGACUCGGAUUUGCAUCCGAUAUGAAACUCACAAACCUCACCACGACAGGACUCCGUGGAGCUGCGUUCGCAAUCUCUCAGUGCACGCGAUUUUCUGGCGCGCCAGGCCAGGGCAACUGUACAAACUCAGAGUUCCAGAUCAAGAAGGUGGAGAUUCACGGUCUGUCUGGUACUAGCAAGUCAACACGGGUUGCAAGCCUGCAGUGCAGCGCUGUUGCGCCAUGUACCAACAUCACCAUCAGUGACACUGCCCUUCUCCUUAGUAAUGGGACUGCGGCGGAGGCUCAUCUGUGUGGGAACAUUGAAAAUCCAAUUGGAUUCAAUUGCACCGGUACUCCAUGUGUAGGCGGAAGUGCCACUGGGGAGUGCUAG